AUGGCCGAGGCUUUUGCACCGAACGCUGUGGAUAUAAUCAUCGAGAUCUGGAACAAAAUCGAGGAGAGAAUCGAGGAGCAAGAGGUCGCCGAGGCUCUGGCAGCUGACCUCUCCGAGUUCGGCGUCACAAGCAAACGGGUGGCUCUCCAGACCGAUGUCGAGAUUGCGCAGAAGGUGGCCCGCGACCCGAGUGCCCCUCUAGAGAGGAGGAAAGAUCUCGAGAUCCAAUUUCGGCGCGUCCAUCAACUACUCGAGAGCAUUCCACAAGCAAUCGAAAAUGUCGUCAAGAACCAGAAAAGAGGAGCUCCUUUCAAGUACUUCCGCCCACAGGCAAACAGAAAGCUCGCGAAGCUGGUGGAAAGCUACCGAACCAGCUUCCGGGACUUUGACCAGGCGGUCAUUAGGGCUGAUGCGGCGACCAGGGGCGACUUCUACCUCCUGAUCCAACCCGGUGAGAUGAAAGUUAUCGGGGAUCCGCCUGAUGUUGUCUCCAUUGGCGACGGCAUCUCGGUCGCUCGUGUCUCCUACAUGGAUUUAGGGGGCAAUGGAAGUGGCGUCGCCAAAGUUCUCUGGGAGACGGCGGCUAGUACCGAGGCAACCUGGGCCGAGAACGAUCGCGACAUGCGAGUCCUGUCUGCGGCGCUCUCCGGGGCCUUGCCGCACUGGCAUAUACCGAGACUCAGGGGAUAUGAGAAGAACAAGGCUUCCAAGAUGAUGCGACUCGUCUUCGACCACCCGGACCCCACCCGUGAACUCUGUACCCUAGACGACGUAUACGAAGCUGCGGUGACGGCGCCGUCUCUCACGCUUCGUGUGCGCUUGUGCUAUCAGCUUGCCCUCGCGGUUUUGCACGCGCACAAACCACGGAUCAAUGUUGUGCACAAGCACAUCCGACCAGGUAACCUGCUCCUGGCUGUGCCGAAGACGUGGAAGAAGCAGAGGGGCGAGCUUGUCAUCCCCAAGGACUGGAGGGGCGAGGUGGACAGUGCCGGUCGAACUGGGUCCCAGAAAGAUGUUGACCUCUUCCUCUCGGGGUGGCAAAACUCGCGCACAACGACUCAGGCCACGAGGUUUAUAGGCGAGUCGGCCCCCCACCGGAUCAUCUACCAACAUCCGCAACGGCACCAGGUCAACGACGUCGAGCAAUACAACAUCGGCCAUGACAUAUAUAGCCUCGGGGUGUGCAUGCUGGAACUGCUAAUCUGGGAUCCAUUGGUGUCAUUCGGCGAGACGGGGGAUUCGAGGCUGUCCGAAGCGUAUCAGACUGCGUUUUGCGAUAAAGGGUUCGAUGCGGAUGUUGAGAUACCCCUUGAUGAAGACGUCGACCUGUCCAAACUGUUCACGCAGGACGCCGAGAAAAUCAAGGAGACGAUCAUCGAGAUCGCGGAAACGAGUGUGGCUCUUCACGCGGGAGAUCGGCUCGCUAACCUUGUGUGUCGUUGCCUCACUUGCCUCGAUACUGCCCCCAUGUACGGUGGCAGUCAGUUCCACGAUGGCGACAACAAAAACCAAAUAUCCGAGGCAUUCUCGCAAGAGAUUUUCUCUGACCUUAAUAGAAUUUUGGACGCACUCGACGUAGCUAGUACGGCCGAGGCGGGAUGGAUAAAACGUUUUGCCGGCUCGCAACCUGAACAAGCCCGAUAUUACCUCCCAGAUGUGUAG